AUGGAUAAUGACAUUACAGUAAUUUGUUACAGCAGUACAAUAGCACUGCAGUCUAAUAAUGCCAUUACAGUAGCAUCUAACGGCAGUACACUAGCCCCGCAGAAGGAUAAUGACAUUACAGUAACAUAUAACAGCAGUACAGCAGCACCGGAGACUGAUAAUGACAUACCGGUAACAUUAAACACCAGUAAGACAGCACCACAGACUGAUAAUGAUAUUACAGUAAAAUGUUACAACAGUGCGGUAACACUGCAGACUGAUAAUGACAUUACAGUAACAUGUUACAGCAAUGGCGCAGCAUUGCAGACUGUUAAUGACAUUACAGUAACAUGUUACAGCAGUGUAGCAGCAUCACAGGCUGAUAAUGACAUUACAGUAACAUGUUACAGCAGUGCAGUAGCACCCAUGACUGAUAAUGACAUUACAGUAAAAUGUUACAGCAGUGCAGUAGCAGUACAAACUGAUAAUGACAUUAUAGUAACAUGCUCCUGGAGUGCAGUAUCACUACAGACUGAUAAUGACAUUACAGUAACUUGUUAUGGCAGCACAGUAGCACUGCAGUCUAACAAUGACGUUGCAGUAACAUAUUACAGCAGUGCAGUAGGAGCACAGACUGAUAACAUUACAUUAACAUAUUAUCACAGUGCAGUAGCAACGCAGACUGAUAAUGACAUUACAGUAACAUGUUACAGUAGUGCAGUAGCACCACGGAUGAAAAAUGACAUUAUAGUAACAUGCUAUUGCAGUGCAGAAGCACUACAGAUGGAUAAUGACAUUACAGUAAUUUGUUACAGCAGUACAAUAUCACUGCAGUCUAAUAAUGACAUUACAGUAGCAUCUCACAGCAGUACACUAGCCCCACAGAGUGAUAAUGACAUUACAGUAACAUGUUACAGCAGUACAGCAGCACCGCAGACUGAUAAUGCCAUACCAGUAAAAUUAAACACCAGUAAGGCAGCAUCACAGACUGAUAAUGAUAUUACAGUAAAAUGUUACAACAGUACAGUAGCACUACAGACUGAUAUUGACAUUACAGUAACAUGUUACAGCAGUGCAGUAGCAGUACAGACUGAUAAUGACAUUACAGUAACAUGCUACUUGAGCACAGUAGCACUACAGACUGAUAAUGACAUUACAGUAACUUGUUACAGCAGUACAACAGCACUGCAGUCUAAUAAUGACAUUACAGUAACAUCUUACAGCAGUGUAGUAGGAGCACAGACUGAUAAUGACAUUACAGUAACAUAUUACCGCAUUGCAGUACCAUCGCAGACUGAUAAUGACAUUACAGUAACAUGCUACUGCAGUGCAGUAGUACUACAGACUGAUAAUGACAUUACAGUAACACGUUAUAGCAGUACAACAGCACUGCAGUCUAAUAAUGACAUUACAGUAACAUAUUACACCAGUACAUUAGCACCACAGACUGAUAAUGACAUUACAGUAACAUGCUACUACACUGCAGCAGCACUACAGACUGAAAUUGACAUUACAGUAACAUGCUACAGCAGUACAAUAGACUACAUUCAAAUAAUGACAUUCUAG